AUGGUCAAGAAUAAAGGGAGUAACUCGGCCAAAGUGCCGCUUCCUCUCGCCCUGGAAGCUCCCUAUGCUGCUCCAGCAACCUUCAACGAUGGACUUCCUCUGCCUAAAAUAUUUGUUUUUGACUUAGAUUACACUCUGUGGCCCUUUUGGGUAGAUACCCAUGUUAGUGCUCCUAUAAAAGCCAAGGAUAACAACUCUCGCUGCGUUGACAGAUGGGGAGAAUCAUUUUCAUUUUAUCCAGCAGUUCACUCGAUUCUACAAGCAUGCCGGGCGCGGUCUAUACCUGUCAGCCUGGCAUCGCGUACAAACACGCCAGAUCUUGCGCGCGAUGUUCUCAAAGCUCUGCAUAUCAUUCCAUCUUUCACAGAUAAUCCUGCCGCCGAUAGUCGUUCUAUACGUGCGCUCGAUUACUUUGAGCAUAUUCAGAUAUAUCCGGGGACAAAAACACAACAUUUCACUCGUAUUCAGCAGUCAAGUGGCCUGAAGUACGAGGACAUGCUUUUCUUUGACGAUGAGUCUCGCAAUAAAAACGUCCAAGUAGAACUUGGCGUGACGUUCUGCCUCGUCAAAGACGGAAUAACUAAGGAAGAAGUAGAUAGAGGAGUCUGGGAAUGGCGAAAGCGAAUGGGUAUAAGCCAGACUGACCGGAAGUCAGCUGAAGAGAAGAAUCAAUCGCUGAUGCUUCAAAUUGGCGCUUGUGUUGACAUCAACCACCUAGUAACAGCUUCACAACUCACCAAUCUUCAACUACACCGUGAAAUUACCAUGUCAACAAGGGUAUCUUCUUCCACUCAUAGACCUCCGGCAGCACCCUCGAUCCCCAGACCGCCAUUGAAUGUCCAUCCAUCCGUUACGAUCUCUGAAACCGCGUAUUUUCAAGGCGUCCACCCAAUUUCGGUGGGCGCAGGAACCGUUAUCCACCCUCGCGCGAAGCUACUCUCUUUCAAAGGACCAGUCAGCAUAGGGGAAGGAUGCAUUAUCGGCGAGAAAUCUGUGAUAGGAGGCCCAGUCACGAGUAAUUCAGGCCUGUCAACGCCUUCGACUCCGUCAACGCCCGGUACGCCUCUUGACUUCGGCUCCAACAUUGAAUCGGCUGCUCCAGAUCGAAUCACCACCAUUAUAGAAAAUUCAGUGAGCAUUGGACCUCUUGCGACCGUCUCUGCGGGUGCCCAUCUAUAUUCCGCCUCAGCAAUCGAAGCAUCGGCGUUUAUAAGUAAGGAUGUGAAAGUUGGAAGACACGCUAAGAUCUGUACAUCUUGCCUGAUACCUGAGGGGGACACGGUCGAGGCCUGGACAGUCGUAUGGGGUGGUGGACGAGCCGGAGGAUCUCUGGGGGGCAAACUACAGCGGAGAAAAAGAGCAGCGGGAAAUACUGACGAUAAUAGGACUCUGCACAGUCUGAACGGAGGAUUGGUGGAAACAGGCCGGCUAGUAGCAUUGAACCGGGAGAGAGAGAGCUUGACCAAACUGAUUGGGAUUAGCUCUGGGAGGAGGUGA